UCCCGUCAAAGAACGGCUGCGUUGUAGGAGAGUGACACCGCAUUCAAUGUUGGUCCAUGUUACAGCUUUUCCUUAAAUUACUGACCUAGAUUUUCACUAGAAAUGUGGUUAAAUGUUACGGGCGGUUGUAUAGAAAUACUUAUCUUCUCCCUGUCAAAAAUAGACAAGUCCUGGAGCUAACAGCAAAACUUCUGCGAAGAUUUUGUUCAGAGUUUUAAUUUCACGCUAAAAUUGCCAACAUGGAGAUUCACGAAGGGGCAGCGGUAGCAAGCGACAGCGUGCUUGACUUUUCCCGUUUGAGUCUGACCACUUUCAACGUUAACAGUAUCAGCGACGAGAGGAAAAGGGACACCAGACAGCUCUACCUGAACUACAACCGACUAGCCUCGCUACCCUCGUCGGUCAGCCUUUUCUGCAACCUCGAGUUUUUGGACAUCAGCAACAACGGACUGUCUGCCAUCUGUGAGGGCAUUACGCGACUGACGGGGCUGAAAACCCUGAUAGCCAAGAACAACCGCCUGGACGAGUUUUCGCUGCCCAAAGAGUUUGGCUCUCUGCAGCUGGAGGUGUUGAACUUAAGUGGGAACCGAUUUGAGGAGAUCCCACUUCAGUGUAUGAAACUGCUGCGUCUGCAGUCGCUUUCAUUCGGCGGAAACAGACUGAAAAGUAUACCUGAAGAGAUAGAAAAUCUAACCAGUCUGGAGCUGUUGUAUCUGGGUGGAAACCUCAUCACAGCCAUUCCCCCAGAAGUGGCUAACCUGCCCUACCUCAGCUACCUGGUCCUAUGUGACAACCGCAUCCAAAGUGUCCCCCCGCAGCUCACCAGGCUCCACUCGCUGCGAUCUUUAAGUCUCCACAACAACUUGCUCACUUACCUGCCGAGGGAGAUCCUCUGCCUGGUGCACCUGCAAGAGCUCAGUCUCCGUGGCAAUCCACUGGUGGUGCGCUUUGUCAAGGAGAUGACCUACGACCCCCCGUCACUGCUAGAGUUGGCAGGACGUACCGUCAAGAGCCGAAAUAUUCCCUACUACCCAUACGACCUGCCGUCAAACCUGCUGCGCUACCUAGACCUGGCCAGCAAGUGCCCCAACCCCAAGUGUGCCGGCGUCUACUUUGAUUCAUGUGUGCGGCAGAUCAAAUUCGUGGACUUCUGUGGAAAGUACCGGCUGCCCCUCAUGCACUACCUGUGCUCCCCAGAGUGCACCUCUCCGUGCAGCUCCAACCCCCAGAGUGACGCAGAGUCGGAGGAAGAGAGCAGCGUGCCUGCUUACCGCCUGCAGAGGGUGCUUCUGGGAUAGUAUGACGUGGAGGAGCCUUUGACCCUUUGGACAAGUCCAGCCUUGUCAGUCUGUCACUGUGUUCAACAUCUAUACAGAGAUUCAAAGUUGGCUGUCAGACUUUACUACACACAUGCCUCAUUUGUACUGCAUGGUUCGGCUCAACUUUACUCCACUAAACUCACUUUUGGUACCAGGUGCUUUUCUCUAAUUGUUUUCCACUGCGGAUAGUACCCACUCAGUCUAGGCAGCAUUCUCAGCUGAUUGCCAUAGCGAUGCCUGUGAAACUGCCCUGGCCUAUCUUCUUCAACGCGGCACUCGUGGAUCUUUUCAUCAGCAAUGAUGUCUGCACUUCGUCAAUUGUACGGCGUUGUGAACAUAGUGUACAACGUAGUUUUGUGGGCUGCCAUUUUUUUGAAUCUGGGAUGAUUAAA